AUGGACUCUGAAGAUGAGUUCAUGUCUGAGCCGCCUAGCGGUGAUGAGAUCGAUUUCGAUGAAGGCACACAAGAUAGUGAUAUCGGGAGCCUAAGUGGUGACUUUGAUCAUGAUCAUGAUAAUGGAUUCGGCUACGAAAAGGACAUCCUUGCAAACCCACAGAAACCCUACGAAGUCGAUUACAGAAUCCUAAGUCCCAAAGAUAUACACUCCCACCAAGAACGUCAGUUUAAUGAAGUGUCUUCAAUCAUAGAACUACCGCCUGAACAAGCCGCAAUCCUCCUACGCUACAUGAGAUGGAACAAAGAGAAACUGAUUGAAUCCUACAUGGAUAACCCCGAACAAGUCCUCGAGGCUGCAGGCUUGGGUCCAACAUUGGCAGCGUCACCAAAAACAAAGACUGUAAAGGGCUUUACAUGCGAGAUUUGUUAUGAAGAUGACCCCACGAUGCAAACGUACGCUAUGAAGUGUGGUCACCGAUAUUGCGUCGGCUGCUACUCUCACUAUCUGACGCAGAAAGUUAAAGAGGAAGGUGAAGCUGCCAGAAUCGAAUGUCCUUUCGACGGUUGUCAUCGUAUUGUGGAUUCCAAAUCCUUGAAGUUACUGGUCGACCCGAGCAUUCAGGACCGAUACGAAGUGCUCCUUACCAGAACCUAUGUGGAUGACAAAGAUAACCUGAAGUGGUGUCCGGCGCCAGAGUGUGAAUAUGCUGUGGAGUGUGCGGUCAAGAAGCGCGAUCUGAAUCACAUCGUCCCAACAGUUCGAUGCGCAUAUGACCACAGUUUUUGCUUUGGAUGCUCCCUAUCGGAUCAUCGUCCAGCUCCUUGUUCUCUGGUCAAGCAAUGGCUGAAGAAGUGCGAGGAUGAUUCGGAAACCUCCAACUGGAUCUCCGCCAACACGAAGGAAUGUCCCAAGUGUAGGUCGACCAUCGAGAAGAAUGGAGGCUGCAACCAUAUGACUUGUCGGAAAUGCAAGCACGAGUUUUGUUGGAUGUGUAUGGGCCCCUGGUCCGAACAUGGAACAAGCUGGUACAACUGCAAUCGAUUUGAAGAGAAGUCCGGAGCCGACGCACGCGAUGCCCAGGCACGUUCCCGACAUUCCCUCGAACGAUACCUGCAUUACUACAAUCGCUACGCUAACCACGAACAAUCUGCCAAGUUGGACAAGGACUUGUGGAUCAAAACGGAGAAGAAAAUGACCAGCCUCCAAACGCAGUCAAACAUGUCCUGGAUCGAGGUACAGUUCCUUGACACCGCAUCCAAGGCCCUGCAAGCUUGCCGCCAGACUUUAAAAUGGACCUAUGCGUUCGCCUUUUACCUACAACGAAACAACAUGACCGAGAUCUUUGAGGACAACCAGAAAGACCUGGAGAUGGCUGUUGAGAAUCUCAGCCAAAUGUUUGAGAAGCCAGUAAAUGAACUUGGCAGCCUGAAGGUUGAGAUCCUGGACAAAACGACCUAUUGCAACCGCAGACGCGAAAUCUUGCUCAGCGACACAGCGGAGAAUUUGAAGAAAGGUACGGGAUGCACGAGCUUGGUGUGA